GUGUGUGGUAUUCUAAUUCUGCGGCUUCUGCUGUUUAGCAAGUUGACUUAGUUGAGUCGUGCAAUAACCUAUAAUCUGUGUCGAGUGGUUUAUUGAAGUUGGGCUACAACUAUUAAUAUUAUAACAUCGAUUUUAAUUAAUGAAACAGUAGAGGUACAUCUCACAUAUACUAAGGAUGGGAAAAAUUAAAAGAGAACGUCAAAAACUUCAUCACUCCAGUGGGAGAAAGAAGCCAGAAGAUGUGACAGUAACUGAAGAAUUUGAGCAGAAAUCAGUUGGAAAAAGUCCACUUUUGAAAAGUGCUGAAGAAUUUGCAGCAAUACCAGACAAUUUGUUUGAAGGGAUAGACAUCAACUUUGACAACUUGAAGCAGAAACUGACAGAAGACGAUAGAGUGAGUUUAAAAUCCAUUGCAAAAUCAUGCAAGUAUGACAGCAAAGGAAAAUUGUUGACAAAAAAAGAAAAACAAAAGAUCAAGCAUGAUCUGUUUAUGAGAAAAAUAAACACAGCUCAGCAACUAAAAAAGGAAGCACUUCAAAAACACAAGAAGAGGAAAGGCUUGAGGAAGAGUAAACACCCAGCUGGACACUUCCAUUGA